AUGAUUCAAAGUUUAUAUAUUGAUCUGAACAAAGAGGAUGAAGUAAUCUGUAUGCCUGCUAAGAAUGGUUCUUUCUCAGUAAAAAGCACAGACAACAUGCUCACAAAAGAUCAGUGUCAAGUUCAAGUAAAUGGAAACAUCAUCUCAUCUGCUGUAUGGAAGAAUUUAUGGAACUAUAAUACUGCUCACAGGAUAAAGCUUUUUGCCUGGAAGUGCAUAAGAGAACUUAACUCUACUAGGUACAAGCUUGCCUAUUAUGAUUCCAAUAUUGAGGUUAAUUGUGGAGUUUGUGGACAGCAAGAAGAAACUAUGGAACAUUUAAUAUUUAUGUGUUCUCAUGCAAGAUCAGUUUGGAGAGGAGUUCAGGUUGAUAUCGAAGAUGUCAGUAGAAGAUUCAGUAUUGUUUCAGAGUGGGCCAUUAGUUGGUUCUCUGACAGAAACUAUAAUAAUAAUGUGAAACAUUUGCUUACUCUUAUGAUAGGCAUCUCAACUAUGUUACCACGGGAUAUUUGCACCUCUUUAUGGAUCCCACCUGAAAUAGGAGUCUUUAAAUUUAAUAUUGAUGCUUCUUUUGAUCCUGACACUAAUCAAUUGGGAACUGGCAUUGUUUUACGCGAUUAUACAGGUGAAUGCAAAGGCAUCAGAGGAGAAUAUGCAAGUGGAGUACUAAGUGCUAAAAUGGGAGAAUGCAUGGCAAUACGAGAAGCUCUGAGCUGGGCUAAGAGAAUGCAGUGCUCAAUGGUUCAAGUGGAAGCCGAUGCAAAGCUUGUCAUACAAUCAAUAAAUAGAGUCUCAUUACUUAUCCAAUGGGAAAAUAGAAAUCUUAUCAAAGAGAUUAAACAUUUGGCUUUAAGUUUUACUAGGUGCAUUUUUUCUUUCACUAAGCGUGAGAAUAAUCGGGUAGCUGAUAUUAUCUCUAAGACUGUUAGAGAAUCAGCUACUGGAAUAAAAUCGUUUUCAAAUUUUUCUACUGUCGUUUGUGAUCUACUUGCAAAGGAUCAAAUCAAGAUUUCUAUCUCUUAA